AUGGGUCGUACUGUCGACCAAGAGGUUCACGCGGCUUUCGUGGAAUUUCGUGCCAAGGAAGACGAUAAGUGCCUUUCCGUGCAGUGCAUCUACUGCCAGCAGAUUCGAGCGAAAAACACCAGCCGCCAGAAGCAGCAUCUGCUGGAGUGCCCGGCCCUGCGUGGUCAGCACAACCCGCAUGCGCCGCCGCCUCAGGCCAACGGCGUCACUGCCCCCAAUGGCUAUGGAGCGCCGCCCAACGCCCCCGCCGUGGCCCAGAGUGCCGCCUCCACCGGCGCUCUCCCCUCGAACACCGGCUCGAUGCUGGCUGCCGGUGUGAACCCGCACGGUGCCACCCUGCAGACCUCCAUGCAGAGCAUCCCCGGCCGCCCGUCUCUCCCCUCCCAGGCUGCUCCUCAGGCGUCCUCCUCCGCCGUUCCCCCUCAGGCCCGCGCCCACAGCACGCCCAAAGCCCAGAAACCGCGCCAGAGCACUUCGAAUCUGCCCGCGCCGCCCCUCGACGAUGUCCAUGCUGCGUUUGUGGAGUUCCGUGCGAAGGAGGAAGACAAGUGUUUGUCCGUCCAAUGCAUAUACUGCCAGCAAGUCCGCGCAAAGAACACAAGCAGACAGCGCCAGCACCUUUUAGAAUGCCCAACAUAUUUGAAUGUGAUGAAGGAUUCCAUCCCCGCAAACAAUCUGCAACAUACCUUCCCCGAGGGUGAUAUUGCGCGCUCGCUUCAGCUCCCGGCGCCGGCGCUAGAACUCGAUUUUCGCAUGAGCUUAAAGCUGAAUCCAACUUUGUCUAUUGGCCCAGGCGUCUGGGGCCAGAGGGAUUGGAUUACUUUUGUUGGUGGCCAGUGGGCAGGUAGAUGGGCCAAGGGAAUCGUCUUGCCUGGUGGUCAAGAUUCGCAAAUCACCGUAAAGGAGCUUGCUACCAGCAUCCGGUCGACUUUUUUGCUGCAGACUGCAGAUGAACCCCCAGCAUAUAUUGCUGUACGGACAAAUGGCUGGCUGACUGGCGCAAAAGAAGUGCUUGAGAAACUCCAGGAUCCGAAUGUGGCAGACACUAUCAAUCCUAACACGUACAAGUAUCGUGUUAAUAUCUCUAUGGAAACCGGGGAUGAGCGGUACUCAUUCGUGAAUACGGUAAUGUGGAUUGGCAGUGGUUGUCGUCGUGGUUCUGAAGUCAUCUUCGAUGCUUUCCGUAUCACGUAA